AUGUCAGGCAUGUCCGGAGUCAAUGGUAAUCGCUUCAUCGCCUUCGCCUUCCCAGCGUAUCGGAUGUCGCUGGACAUGCGGCGGCUGGGCGACGGCGAUCUCGACUGGGGCACGCACGGUCCUUUGACGAGAGAUGAUAAGGGAGAAGAGGAUGGACAGUGGGGCGGCGACGACGAUGACGGUGAUGAUGACAAUGAAGGGGAGGGGGAGAAGGAAGAAGAGGACGGAGUAUAUUUUGAGGGGUGA